CCCAUAAUGAUCCGCUGCCAUCCCAUAAUGAUCCACGGCCAUUGAUGCCAUCCCAUAAUAGCACACAGCCCUGUGCUGACCCCCGUGACCCCACACUGACCCCACCGUGACCCCUGAUUGACCCCAUGACCCCACAUUGACCCCAUCCUGACCCCAUGACCCCAAUUGACCCCAUGUCACCGCACUGACCCAAUCCCGACCCCUGACCCCGUGCUGACCCUGUGACCCUCACCCUGUGACCCCUAAUUGACCCUGUGACCCCACAUUGACCUCGUCCUGACCCCGCGACCCCAGAGUGACCCCAUCCUGACCCUAUGACCCCUAAUUAACCCCGCGGCCCCAUCCUGACCCCACCAGACUCCAGGAGCUCCCAUUGACCCCACUGACCCCAUUCUGACCCCAUGACCCCAUUCUGACCCCAUGACCCCACUCUGGCCCCUCCCUGACCCCGUGACCCCUCUCUGACUCCAUGAUCCCACAACUCCAUGACCCCACCUUGACCUCUGACCCCAUAACCCAUCUGUGACCCCUCUAUGACCUCUGACCCCGUGACCCAAGACCCCGUGACCCCCCGUGACCCCUUGACCCCAUUCUGACCUCUGACCUCUGACCCCCGCCAGCCCUGGCGCUGCUGUUUGCGGAGGAGCCGGGUUUGGUGCUGGAAGUGGAAGAGGGGAGAGCGGCGGCCAUCUUGGAAUGCUACAGGAAGAGGGGCGUCAGCGUCAGCCAUAUUGGGAGCAGCGGCCCCAUGGGGCCCAGCGCCGAGGUGUCGGUGUCGGUGGGCGGCACGGUGGUGCUGCAGGACUCGGUGGGAUCCCUGCGGGCCCUUUGGGAGCGGACGAGUUUCCAGCUGGAGCGGCUGCAGACGACGCCGCGCUGCGCAGAGAUGGAGGAAGAGGAGCUGAGCCGCCGCCAGGGGGCGCAGUUCUGCCUCAGCUUCCAACCCAUCGCCAGGCUGCCGAGGCCUGUCGGCGCUGUGGGGCCGCGCGUGGCGGUGCUGCGGGAGGAGGGCAGCAACGGGGACCGGGAAAUGGCGGCCGCGUUCCACAUGGCCGCGUGUGAGGUGAUGGCGGGGGGCACCGAGAUCCCAGAGAAAUCCUAUGAGAUCCCAUUGAGAUCCCAAAGAAAUCCCAUUGAAAUCCCAUUGAGAUCCCAGAGAAAUCCUAUGAGAUCCCAUUGAGAUCCCACUGAAAUCCCAUUGAAAUCCCAUUGAGAUCCCAUAGAAAUCCUAUGAGAUCCCAUUGAGAUCCCAGAGAAAUCCUAUGAGAUCCCAUUGAGAUCCUAUGAGAUCCUAUGAGAUCCCACUGAAAUCCCAUUGAAAUCCUAUGAGAUCCCAUAGAAAUCCUAUGAGAUCCCAUAGAGAUCCUAUGAGAUCCCACUGAAAUCUCAUUGAGAUCCCAUAGAAAUCCUAUGAGAUCCCAUAGAGAUCCUAUGAGAUCCCACUGAAAUCCCAUAGAAAUCCUAUGAGAUCCCAUAGAGAUCCUAUGAGAUCCCACUGAAAUCCCAUUGAAAUCCUAUGAGAUCCCAUAGAAAUCCUAUGAGAUCCCAUUGAGAUCCCACUGAAAUCCUACUGAGAUCCCAUUGGGCGCCAUAUUGAUUCCCACAUUGGUUCCCUUAUUGGUUCCCACCAAGGGCCAUAAUGGUUCCCAUAUUGGCUCCCACUGGCUGCCAUAUUGGUUCCCAUAUUGGUUCCCAUAUUGGUUCCCAUAUUGUCUCCCAUUGGUUCCCAUAUUGGUUCCCAUAUUGGUUCCCAUAUUGGUUCCCAUAUUGGUUCCCAUUUUGGUUCCCUUAUUGGUUCCCAUAUUGGUUCCCAUUGGGCACCAUAUUGAUUCCCAUAUUGGUUCCCAUUUUGGUUCCCAUAUUGGUUCCCAUAU